GGAUUUAUUGGUAAAAAUGGUCGUCGAUGGGUUUUAAUAAUUAAUAAACGAUAUGUUGAUGUUGAUGUAUUUUUACCUGGAUGUACUGGUGGUCGAAUGCAAAUUGUAAAUGAAGCAUCAGCUUUUGGAUCGGCAAGUGAAGUAACAUUAAUGUUGAGCAGAAUAACAUUAAGUCCAUUUGCUGUUGCUGUUAUUCAUAUGCCUCCUGGCAACAUCCAGUGA